AUGAUCCAGUACCUGCUCUUGACUCUUUGCCUCCGGGCUGUGACUGCGACACCUCUCGACAGCCGUGUGGUGGGAGGGGAGGAAGCAAGCCCACACAGUUGGCCGUGGCAGGCAAGUUUAUUCAUCCCCACACCACUGGGCAUCGAGUACAAGAGGCAGGGUCACCAUGCAGCUUCAGAGGACUACAAGAUAAAUAAUCUGGAGGCUUUCUCUUUGUUCCAGGCCUCUCUGCAGUUUGCGUACGACUUUGACCCCGAUUUCUUCCAGCAUAUGUGCGCUGGAACUCUCGUGUCUCCAAACUGGGUCAUGACCGCUGGUCACUGCAUCGUUGACGUCCCAGGAAGAUUUGCGGUCGUUCUUGGAGAACACGAUUUGUAUAACAAAGGCAACGAGUACUUGCGACACAUCAAGACAAUCAUCAUUCACCCUGAAUUCAACGUAAACGCUCUCGAAAAAGGAAACGAUAUUGCCCUCCUGCGGUUGGCAGAGCCAGCGUACGCCACUCCCGAUGUAAAGAUAGCGCUCCUCGCCGAACCCGGGUGGAUACUUCCCAAGGGGUACCCCUGCUACGUGACUGGAUGGGGCUUAACCGAACCGUUCGGCCGUCCGUCUGACACACUCCAGGUAGCCAACUUGGCAGUGGUGGACUACGCCACUUGCACAUCGCCCAGCUGGUGGUCAGGGUUGGUCACUCCGAACAUGAUCUGUGCCGGAGGUGAUGGCAAGUCUGGUGGAUGCCAGGGAGAUUCAGGUGGGCCUUUGAACUGCAUGGAUGCCAAUGGAGUUUGGUAUGUGCAUGGCAUUGUGAGCUUCGGACCAGGGUCCUGCAUAGUGGCUCAUUAUCCUACCGUCUUCACCCGAGUAUCAGCGUACAAUGAUUGGAUUUCCAAGACCAUGCAACAAAACGGUGGCAUUUAA